UAGAUCGAUAUACAGGUCUGUGUAACAAAAACGUUUAUGUCUGCACCGAUAAUUGCAUUAUAUUGCAUAAAAAUGAGAUGUUUACAAAUUUGUGUUCAUGUUGUUUAUUAUCACCUUUUGCUUAUUAUUAGCAGUAAAGGUUAACAAUUUAAUCAGAAUUGCUGCGUUUUAACCUACCCGGAAUUUAAUAAUAAAUGGAAUACAAGCUAACAAAGAUGGAUUAGUGUGAUAACAAACCGGAUACCUAUUUAUAGUUAAGUGGCCUUGUUACAUAUCUGAUAGCAGCGACAUGAAUUUUCAUAUAUCGCUUACGCACACUUAAUGCUUGACAGACUAACAUGGAGGUUUGUAAAAAGACAGGUUUACGGGGACUUUCAAAAGAAUCAUUUGAAAAGGCAUUUAGAAAAGUCAAGUCAGAGAGCUUCUCUGAGGAAUGGGAGAUAAAAUUACUGACGCACGAUAUGCAAGACGCCGCCAUUUUGUUUAUGAAAGAGCACUUUGUUCCAUAUGAACCACUGGUUUUGUUGUUUGAUGUGCAAUGGAAUGAAGGUGCAGAACAGUACUGGAAAGCUGUAUUCGAGCAAAUGAUAACUUUAGUUCUUACAAGUAAAGUAAGCGGCGGAAUAAUCGCUAUACGUGGAAUUGAAAUAGUCAGUAAAACUGACAGGAUAAAUACAGAAAACAUACCGGACGAGCGCCUUCGUAAUUUACUGGAGUAUUUAAACUACUGCGAUGACCAUGCUAAAUUCUUUGAGUAUUACAGAACUGACGAGGCAAUCCAUUUUUCGGGUCUUGCUGUAGCUAAGUCAUACAGGCGAAGAGGGAUUCCGACAUAACUCGGAAAUGGUCGAAAACUUGGGUUUUGAAUAUGUUUAUAUUAAAGGGGAGGCGUCCUCGGAUUAUUCGAAGAAGAUAUAUGAAAAAUGUCACUUUGAAACGCUUUAUGAGCAAAUUUACGAAGAUUAUGACAUAACUGGAAAACAAAUAAAGAAUGAGAUAGGUGAACACAAGUCUAAUAAAGUAUAUGGGAAGUGUAUAAAACGGUUUAAUUGAGCAGGUGUGAUUUGACAUCCGUUAUAUACAUGACAAUUGAAUGCACCACAUAAUUUCUAAUAAGGAAUAUAUAACAACACUGAAUUCUAAUACAGGGAGGAUAUUAUGGCCACAACAAGGCGCUUUAAAAAUGCUGUCUUGAUUAGGCAUAUCUGAAGAUUAUUUGGAAGCAAGGAGUGCAGCUAAGUAAAACAAUACUCGUAGUAGAUUGGAUGUGAAUGAUUCUGUUUGCCGCCGUGACGUAAUGGAAUCUUUAAGCCAUGUGUCACAUGCUUAUAUUGAUCUCUGUUAUACAUAUAAAUUGAAUGCACCGUAUGACCCCGUAGGACCAGAAAAUAUAAUAACUCGAAGACCAAAUUGCGUGUAGACGUUUUAAUCACUUUCAAGAAAAAAGAAAGAUUUCAUAUUUAUUGUUAUUGGUUUCUUUUUUACAAUAAAUAC